AUGGUCAACAUCAGCGAAGUCAAGGGCAAUGCGCGCGAGAACAGGACUGCGGCGCAUACGCAUAUCAAGGGAUUGGGCUUGCGAUCAGACGGCACUGCUGAACCCAAUAGCAAUGGAUUCGUCGGGCAGGCUGCCGCGCGUGAGGCCUGCGGAGUCGUUGUAGACCUGAUCAAGGCCAAAAAGAUGUCAGGAAGAGCAGUGCUAUUAGCGGGAGGACCUGGCACCGGCAAGACAGCUUUGGCACUGGCAGUAUCACAAGAGCUGGGGACAAAAGUGCCGUUUUGUCCAAUUGUCGGCAGCGAAAUCUAUUCCGCGGAGGUCAAGAAGACAGAAGCCUUGAUGGAGAAUUUCAGAAGAGCAAUCGGUCUCCGCGUGCGCGAAACGAAAGAGGUGUAUGAGGGCGAAGUGACCGAGCUCAUCCCCGAAGAAGCAGAGAACCCCCUCGGCGGUUUUGGCCGCACCAUCUCCCACUUGAUCAUUACCUUGAAAUCCGCAAGAGGCACGAAAAAGCUCCGCCUCGACCCUAGCAUAUAUGAAGCUAUCCAGAAGGAGCGAGUGACGGUUGGCGAUGUCAUCUAUAUAGAAGCCAACACCGGGGCAUGCAAGCGGGUGGGUCGCUCAGACGCCUACGCGACCGAAUUCGACCUCGAGGCAGAAGAAUACGUGCCCGUACCCAAAGGAGAAGUCCACAAAAAGAAAGAGGUUGUCCAGGACGUCACAUUACAUGAUUUGGAUAUCGCCAACGCGAGACCUCAGGGGGGCCAGGAUGUUAUGAGCAUGAUGGGCCAACUGAUGAAGCCAAAAAAGACCGAGAUCACGGACAAAUUGAGGGCAGAGAUCAACAAGGUGGUGAGUAGGUAUAUUGAUCAGGGUGUUGCGGAGUUGGUCCCUGGUGUCCUCUUUAUUGAUGAGGUUCAUAUGCUCGACAUUGAAUGCUUCACCUAUCUCAACCGCGCCCUUGAAUCCCCCAUCUCACCCAUCGUCAUCCUCGCCUCAAAUCGGGGCAACACUCUCAUUCGCGGUACACAGGACAUCACAGGUGCCCACGGCGUCCCUCCUGAUCUACUUGCCCGCUUGCUCAUCAUCCCCACACACCCAUACAACGCGUCCGAAGUUCAGACCAUCAUCCGUCUACGCGCGAAGACUGAGGGUCUCUCAAUAUCCGAAUCUGCACUGGAGAAGGUCGCGCAACAUGGCACCAAUGUUAGUCUGCGAUACGCCCUACAGCUAUUGACUCCCAGUAGCAUUCUUGCAAAGGUCAAUGGCAGGCAGGAGAUUGGUGUCGAGGAUGUGGCAGAGUGCGAAGAUCUGUUCAUCGAUGCGAGAAGAAGCGCCAAGGUCGUGGAGCAAGCAGGAACUUCCUUCAUUAGUUGA